AUGAAACCCCGAGUGUUGAUAUACGGCUCACUCAUUGGUCUUCAGGGUGUAUUAGGAUGGUUAAUGGUUCGUAGUGGUUUGCGUGAACCCAGACGUCCCGCGGGCCUCGCAAAAGAUGAACAAUAUGUCGGAGUGCCACGUGUGGAUCACUAUUGGCUAUGUGCUCAUCUCUGCUCAGCUGUGGUUCUGUACACUCUCUUCCUUUGGAGUGGUUUUGAACAUUUAGCUCAGCAUCCUCCGGUGAGUCAGAAUAAAGUUUUGUCCAACCGUAUAUCCGCUCACCAUCUCCAACUCUUUCUCCUUGCAGGUGCCUUUGUCGCUGGCCUUGAUGCCGGAUUAGUGUACAACUCCUGGCCCAAAAUGGCCGAUCGCUGGGUCCCAGCGGACUUGGUUGUACCCCGAUAUGGCUCUACAAUAGGGAAUCUAAUGAAUAAUCCGACUGGAGUACAAUUUAUGCAUCGUAUGCUCGCCUAUACCACAGUAGCCGCCAGUACAGCCCUUUGGGUCGUGGUGAUGCGCGCCGGUCUGGCCGCGACCGGUCCCCGGAUU